CUAAAUCUAACUAGAUUUCAGAUUCAUUUUAAGCUUGUUUUAAGCAUUGGAGCUGGAUCAGAUUCAAUGAAUGAAUAUCGAAGUGUUAUUUAUUACCAUGAGGAUAAACCAAAAUGGAUGGAAACUUUUAAAGUUGCAAUUCCUAUUGAUGAAUUUUAUAAUGCUCAUUUAAGAUUUACAUUUAAACAUCGUUCUUCUAAUGAAGCAAAAGAUAAAACUGAAAAACCUUUUGCCAUAUCAUUUGCUAAAUUGAUGCAAGAAAAUGGAACUACUUUAAAAGAUGAAAUACAUGAACUUCUUGUAUAUAAAAUAGACCAUAAAAAAUUUGAUGAAAAUGAUGCACAUUAUUUAUCAUUACCUACAACAAAAAUGGAAUUAGAAUUGUUUCAACAGUUACAUGGAAACACUAAUAAUAAUCCUUCAAGAUUAUCUGUAUUAUCAUAUCCAUCAGGGUUAAUUUUGAAUUUGAAGGAUUCUUUUAGCAUUUCAACUCUUGUGUGUUCUACGAAAUUAACACAAAAUG